CUCUGCCCACUGUUCGUUUGAAGUACUUUAGCUUCCGCAUACAUAUCUUCGUUGGCUCCCUUUUUGUCUGCUGGCAAACGCCAACCAACUUCGAGAUGUCUUCACAAGCAUCGAGUUCUUGUUCGAAGCCGCAUGGCUGCAAAGACUGUUCUCGCUCUUUUGCUACCCGUUCUGCUUUGCGUGAUCAUCAUCGGUCCACGAGGCAUGGCUUUCAUUGUACUAAGCGUGAGUGCAGCAAGCUUUUUGCUUCAAGUGCUGCGCUUGAAGCUCACCUUACUUCCCCAGCUCAUGCCAGACCAAUCCUUGCGACGACCACAGCGUCUACGAUAAGCGUACGCGUGGAUACAGCGCCAGCACCUACACAGGACAGCCCAUCGCAACUGAGUGGACGGCCAUUUCCUUGCACUGUAUCAGGACGUUCAAAAAUAUUCAAGACUCAAGAACCUCGAGCGCCGCAUCAGUACAUAGCACCGCAUAGGAGGACACACACAGUGCCGACAACACAGGCUGUGUUGAGGACCAUGGCGCAAACUGGACAACAUCCAGCAACUGUUACCUCAGGUGACAGGAAUCAGAGUGGCUCCAACAUAUCAUACAAUGCACUUGGAAUAGAAACCAUAUUACAGCAACUUGCUGUUGCGGACCCUGUGCUGCACAGUGCGAAUAGCGUCGAGUGCCUGGUGGAGCCUGUCAACACACUAAAGCCUGCGCGGUCGUCAGUCUCCAAUAUCGCUAAAGCUCCUGUGCGCGUUCCCCUAUUCCGUUGGGAUACUCGAUGGUCAAAGAUCCCCUCUACCGAUUACGGGCUUACCGUGAACGCACUCAGAGCUGUCGUGACAACACCUGAGAGCCGGUACUUGACCGGUGUAGACAAGUCGUUUUGGACCCCAGACCACAAGCAAGCACCUCCCCACGACUGGAAUGAACCCAAGCGACAAGUCAUUGUCCUCGAUUGCGAGAUGGUCGGCAUUGGUCUCAAGGGUACAACCUCAGAGCUUGCUCGUCUCUCAGCUGUCGACUUCCUCACUGGCGAGCUCUUAAUCGAUGCACUUGUCGAACCAGUCUUCCAAGUGACUGAUAUGCGCACAAAAUGGAGUGGCAUCAAGCCGGAGGCCAUGGAAGCCGCAAUGGUAUCUGGAAGUGCAUUGAAAGGCUCGACCGCAGCGCGGACGGAUAUGUUCAAUCACAUGGACUCUCAAACAAUCCUGGUUGGUCAUUCUAUCCAGUACGAUCUCGCAGCCUUGGGCAUCCGCCAUGGUGUGACAGUGGAUUCUGCUACGCUCGCUGAGGCAGCUGUAGGCAAAGAGGUCAAACGAAGAUGGGGCUUGAAGACUUUGUGCAAGGAGCUUCUCGGGAUCACUAUCCAAGACAACGGGAAAAAUGGUCACGACUCCAUCGAAGAUACUUUGGCGACUAGAGAGGUAGUGCUAUGGUGCUUGAAUCACCAGAAAGAGUUGAAAGCUUGGGGAGAUAAGAAGAGAAAGGAAAAUCAGUCGAAGCGAAAAGAGAACAACAAAUGGGCACAAAGGAGAAGGAACACAGUUAUCCCGCAGAGGUUUUACGGUGGUGAUACAGACGACUACGAAUUCCACAAUCUUAACACGAGGGAACUCAACGAUUUGUGCGGAUACCCUGACUGGUACGACAAUUGGGACUAGGGAAUAAAUCUGAAUUGGUUCUUAGUCGCAAUACACUUAUGGCUGAGCUACCGGAAUAUCUACAGACUAUCUCUCCGUACCAGCGACGUCGCUAUCUAUCUUGUGACAUGUAGCAAAAAGUGCCUACUUUGGAGUUAUCGACCAAGUCAGGUAGUUUUCUGUACUCAGUAGCCAUUUCUCAGUGC